AGUAACACAACAGGUAGCAGCAGUGUUAGUAGCACAAGAGGUAGCAGUAACACAACAGGUAGCAGCAGUGUUAGUAGCACAAGAGGUAGCAGCAGUGUUAGUAGUAACACAACAGGUAGCAGCAGUGUUAGUAGCACAAAAGGUAGCAGCAGUGUUAUUUGCACAAGAGGCAGCAGCAGUGUUAGUAGCACAACAGGUAGCAGCAGUGUUAGUAGCACAAGAGGUAGCAGCAGUGUUUGUAGCACAACAGGUAGCAGUGGUGUUAGUAGCACAAGAGGUAGCAGCAGUGUUAGCAACACAAGAGGUAGCAGCAGUGUUAGUAUCACAACAGGUAGCAGCUGUGUUAGUAGCACAAGAGGUAGCAACAGUGUUAGUAACACAACGGGUAGCAGCAGUGUUAGUAGCACAACAGGUAGCAGCAGUGUUAGUAACACAAGAGGUAGCAGCAGUGUUAGUAACACAACAGGUAGCAGCAGUGUUAGCAAUGUUAGUAGCACAUGA